AUGUUCCGAACGCUGGACUAUGGCAGACAAUCCAUUUCGUCUCCUUUAACAGUUGCACUUAGGCUCGUAGUCCUCACCGUGAGAGCGAAAACGGAGACAAAAACCCACCAGAAAACGGAGACAAAAACCCACCAGAAAACGGGGACAAAAACCCACCAGAAAACGGGGCAAAAACCCAAACAGAAAACGGGGCAAAAACCCAAACAGAAAACGGGGGCAAAACCCAACAGAAAACGGAGACAAAAACCCAUCAGAAAACGGGAACAAAAACCCAUGAGAAAACGGGAACAAAAACCCAACAGAAAACGGGGACAAAAACCCAUCAGAAAACGGGAACAAAAACCCAUCAGAAAACGGGGACAAAAACCCACCAGAAAACGGGGGCAAAACCCAACAGAAAACGGGAACAAAACCCACCAGAAAACGGGGGCAAAACCCAACAGAAAACGGGAACAAAAACCCACCAGAAAACGGGGGCAAAACCCACCAGAAAACGGGGACAAAAACCCAACAGAAAACGGGAACAAAACCCACCAGAAAACGGGGGCAAAACCCAACAGAAAACGGGAACAAAAACCCAUCAGAAAACGGGGACAAAAACCCAACAGAAAACGGGGACAAAACCCAGCAGAAAACGGGGACAAAACCCAACAGAAAACGGGGACAAAACCCACCAGAAAACGGGGGCAAAAACCCAACAGAAAACGGGGAACAAAACCCAAACAGAAAACGGGGACAAAAACACACCAGAAAACGGGGGCAAAAACCCAACAGAAAACGGGGACAAAACCCAACAGAAAACGGGGACAAAACACACCAGAAAACGGGGAAAACGGGGACAAAAACCCACCAGAAAACGGGGGCAAAAACCCACCAGAAAACGGGGGCAAAAACCAACCAGAAAACGGGGACAAAAACCCACCAGAAAACGGGGGCAAAAACCCACCAGAAAACGGGGACAAAAACCCACCAGAAAACGGGGAAAACGGGGACAAAAACCAACCAGAAAACAGGGACAAAAACCCACCAGAAAACGGGAACAAAACCCACCAGAAAACGGAGACAAAAACCCACCAGAAAACGGGGAACAAAACCCAAACAGAAAACGGGAAACCGGUUGACAGGAGCGCACCUCAGACCUCCUCCCAAGACAUCCGCAUGACGAGAGAGUCCUUCGGGAUCGCAAAUCAGGAUCUUCCGUCAAAGCAGCGACGUCUACGAGAGUGUAAGGAAGCCCGAAAGCCCAGGAUCCGUUUUCUCCGAAGUGGCUGUUUAAAAGUCGCCCCGUGA